AUGAGUGUCAAGCAGAGCCAUAGAUCGUCAUCUGGAUCCUUGAGAGGAUUAGGAGGUGCCAGCUCUGGUGUUACCCGUGUCACUCAUGUGCGUUCUGGUGGGUCUUACAGAUCACCAAGUAUCCACGGUGGUUUUGGAGGCAGAAGCAUAAACACCUCUUAUGGCUAUGGAGGCUUUGGGAAUGCAUCUGCUGGAAGCUUUGGUUUAGGUUAUGGCGGCGGCAGUACCAUUAGUAUUAGUUCUGGGUUAGGUUAUGGAGGUGGCCACGGUGGAGGCUUUGGAUCUGGAUUAGGUUAUGGAGCUGGUGGUGCCUACUCAGGAGUCGUAGCUGAUGGAGCGUUCAAUAUCAGCGAGAAGGAAACCAUGCAACUGCUCAAUGAUCGAUUGGCAUGCUAUUUGGACAAAGUACGUUCCUUGGAGCAGGAGAAUGCCCAGCUAGAGAGGAAAAUCCGAGAGUGGUAUGAAAAACAGGUUCCAUACACCUCUCCUGACUUCAACCCCUACUUCAGGACCAUUGAGGAACUUCAGAAUAAGAUCUUGCAUGCAAGAACAGGAAAUGCCACCAUUUUGCUGCAGAUUGAUAAUGCCAAGCUGGCAGCGGAUGAUUUCAGAACCAAAUAUGAAAACGAGGCUGCUCUCCGCAUGGGGGUUGAGGCCGAUACCAACGGACUUCGCCGUGUCCUGGAUGACCUCAAUCUUACCAAGGGUGACCUCGAAAUGCAGUGGCAGACUCUGAACGAAGAGUUGAUGUACCUGAAGAAGGAGCAUGAUGAGGAAGUGGCCAGCCUGCGCGCUCAGCUUGGAGCCCGUGUCAACGUGGAGAUGAAUGCUGCUCCUGCUGUGGAUCUCAAUAAGGUCUUGUCUGAGAUAAGAGACCAAUAUGAACACCUCGUAGAGAAAAACAGGACAGAGGCAGAGCAUUGGUUUAUAACUAAGAGUGAAGAACUCAAUCGAGAGGUGACCAGCAGUUCUCAACAGCUACAGACGGUCCACACAGAAAUCAUUGAAUUGAGACACACCUUUCAGAACCUGGAGAUUGAUCUGCAAACCCAAAAUAGCAUGAAAGCAGCUCUGGAAAACACGUUGGCGGAGACAGAAGGCCGUUAUUGUGCCCAGCUGGCCCAAAUCCAGGGGCUCAUUGAGAAUGUGGAGUGUCAGCUGGCAGAGCUUAGGUCUGAUCUAGAACGUCAAAACUAUGAAUACAAAGUCCUCAUGGACGUGAAAACCCGUCUGGAGAUGGAGAUAGCGACGUAUAGGCGCCUUCUGGAUGGAGAGGACAUUCAGUAA